CAUGUCAUUGUCACAACUAUAAACAUGUCAUUCAACCCUGAUGACAAACCAUCAUCCUACUCCAAGUUACAUCUGAUGUGAAUACAAACCAUUUCUUCAAUUAGUAAUUGUUUUUAUGAUGGUAUUAUAAAUUUUCCUAUUUCCUCAACACUAACUAACAAUAUUAUAACAAUCAAGUUAUUAUUAUGUAAUUCUACACGAUAGAAGCAAUGAUGAAGUUGCAGUCUCGUGCAAUUCGCAUUUAUGCCGAAUCUCCUUGCGCAGAUUGAAUUUUAACGAACCAUACGAUACCAGACUGCGUUGGGCCAUGGUUCUUUGCUCUCUCCUAUCGCACGAGCUCGUAUAGCCAACAGACGGCUCCGAGUCAUCGCGGUGCGUCUUAUUUUAAGAAUAGAACAGAUUGCGCCGUGGUUCUCUAACCUUCCCCUUUUUUUAAGACGGCGUGUAAGUUUCUUUGCAGUAGCAGUCGUGCCUCAGCUUUCUCAAUCGCUGCUACUCUCAGCCACUUAUGUAAAGAGCUGUUGCUUGCUAGUGUGAAAGUGCGCGCGCUUGCGUCUACAACUGUUCUUCUAUUUUUCAUUAAUGCUCUAAAUUUAUAAUCAUCGUUUUAAAGCCGAACAAAGACUAAACUCUAGAGAAGAAGGUCGAUACGCCUGAAAGAGAAGCUUUAUCUAGUAUUUUUAGAUCCGACUGACGAGCGUUCCUUACUUGUCAUAAGUGUAUUUCCCAACUGAAAUUAAGAACCAAGUUGGGGGCAAAAUCAAAAGGCGUUAUCGUGUGAUACCGCGUGAUAUUUUGGGAAGACGCGAGAGGCGUGAAACUCGGAGAAGACUGUCGAGAGGGAAAAAUCGGUAACGCAUCAUCAUACUCGGUCCUGGUCAGAUGAAAUGGCUUGCCAAGAGUUUAGGAAAGAGGUAGACGCCGUUUUUCCCGAGCACAUAUCUCGACUACAUCGCGGUGCAGCCGACGGAACUCCGAAUCGACGCAACCAGCGGAGGUUCCUGUAUCGGGAGGCGCAGCCAUCGGCCGGAGCUAUUGGCCGUUACCGCACGCAGCCCGUCACCUUCGAUGAAAUCAAGGAAGUAGACGAAGAAGUUCUCAACGAAGAAGUCCUCCCCGACGACAGCGCUGCCACAGUCGCGCAAUCAGAGGAAGAUUUGAUGCAGCAGAAAUUCCAAAAGUUGAGAUUACGUCGCAGAGGCUCCCAUCGCACAGCUCGUCGACCUCUUCUUAGGCCAUCUAACAGUCAUGACGAAUCAGAGUUUGAUUGCAGUUCUUAUGCUUCUCAACCACAGUCAACUGGCUCCGACCAAACUCAACAUUUUCUGUCGUCUACUUGAGAUGAAAAUUAAUUAAAAUAUAUUUGUCGGCACGCUUAUGUUGUUGGAAUUCAAACUUUUCAGGAGGCUCCUUUCACCUUUUCUUCCGUUUCUCAUAUGGGCCUUUCUAACACUUUACUCAUGUUAUUGCGAUGUUGGUAAAGAUAUCUUUUGUUAUCGGGGAUACACGUUUGCCAUUGAGUCAUAAUAAAUCAUGUCAAAUAAUAA